AUGCCUGUUAUUCGUAAAAAUUAUAUUCAGCCAUCAACUGAUAUCAAUGAUAAAAAGUGUGAACUUUUACAGGAUGGCACUAGUCUUUUCUCAUUUUCAUCCAUUCUAAAUGUUAAAUAUUCUAAUGGUCGAGUGGCUUCCUCAGUUAUAUCGCAGAAAUCGGCUAGGAAUACAACACCAUCUUCCAAUCUUAUUGAUACUAAAAAUUAUAUUCAACCAUCAACUAAUAUCAAUGGUAAAAACUGUGAACUUUCACAGGAUGGCAAUGACUUUGUCUCAUUUUCAUCUAUUCUAAGUGCUAAAUACUCUAAAGGUCGAGUGGCUUCCUCAAUUAUACCACAAAAAUCAGCUUCUUCGGUUAUACCACAAAAAUCGGCUAGGAAUACAACACCAUCUUCCAAUGUUAUUGACAUUGAACAAAGCUAUCAACCGUUUUCUAAACUACAACCACAUCCACAACAUCGACAAGUAAGACUUUUUUAUUUAUAUCUAAAUCCAAAUCUUAUUUUUUUAUCUAAAGCACCAUCAACAAGUACAAGUACAUCCACUACCACAACAACCACAACGGAUACAACGACUACAACUACUGCACCAGCAUGCUAUUUCGGUGAAGAUUAUGUCAAUCUAGUAGAAGGAGGACGACGUCAAAUCAGUAGUUUAAAAACAGGAGAUCGGGUCUGGACAAUAAGCAAUGAUGGUAAACGUUUGAUCAAAGAUGAAAUAAUUAUUAUACCGCAUGCUGGACCAACUAUUCCAACUUAUUUCUACACAUUUACAACGAUCGAAGGACACACAGUUAGCUUGACAGAUUCACAUUUUAUAGUUACCGUUGUCAAUGGUGAAAAUAAAAUAAAAAUCAUACGUGCGUCAGAAGUAACACUUAAACAUCAAUUAAUCAUGGCUGGUCGUACAAUAGGUCUUGAAAAAAUUGUAUACUCUAUACAUAUUGGUUUUUAUUCGCCUAUUACAUUAAGUGGCUACUUAACUGUAAACAAUAUAUCAACAUCAGUUUAUGUUGACUAG